GUGUCCCUCCCCCAGGAGGCUGCUAGGGGGCACCCGCUGGCCCCCAUCAGCCAGCCCCGGGCUUGAGGGGUGUGGCCACUGCAGAGGGGAGGGGCCGAUGAGAGACAAACGGACCGAAAGACAGAGAGACCGCGAGAGGCGAGGGUAGAGACCGACAGGGUGCUGUCUGCAGAGCGGAGCCCCCAGCCCGCUCUUUUCAGUCCCCGAGGACCCCCCUCCCGCCCCGGGGGGACCUGCCCCUCCUGCCUCCCGGGACCACGUGCAGCGGGGCGUCCUGUGCCGCCGCCGGCGUGGCAGCCCCCAAGUCCCCUGUGGCCCGCCUCCACCGUGCCUCGGUUUCCCCGGGAGCCCGGGCCGGACUAGCGCCCGCACGUCCGCGGGCUCUGGCCCCCGACCCACCGCGCAGUGACCCGCGCUGUCCCAUCCAUUCACCGUCGCCAGGUGUGCCAGGGCCAGUGCCAGCCGCACCCACAGCCUCAGCCUCAGCCCAAUGGGGCGGUGACGCUCCCGACUGCCCCUCCGCCAUGUGGUCCAAUGACAGUUCUCUGGGCCCCUGUUUCCGGCCAAUGAACAUCACGCUAGAGGAGCGGCGCCUGAUCGCCUCCCCCUGGUUUGCUGCCUCCUUCUGCCUCGUGGGCCUGGCCUCCAACCUGCUGGCCCUGAGGGUGCUGGCAGGGGCCCGGCAGGGCAGCUCACAGGGGAGGUCCUCCUUCCUCACCUUCCUCUGUGGCCUGGUCCUCACCGACUUCAUGGGGCUGCUGAUCACCGGCGCCAUCGUGGUGUCCCAGCACGCCAUCCUCUUCGACUGGCACGCCGUGGACCCCAGCUGUCGCCUCUGCCGCUUUAUGGGCGUCGUCAUGGUCUUCUUCGGCCUGUGCCCGCUGCUGCUGGGGGCCGCCAUGGCCUCAGAGCGCUACCUGGGCAUCACGCGGCCCUUCUCGCGCCCCGCGGCCGCCUCCCAGCGCCGCGCCUGGACCAUCGUGGGGCUGGUGUGGGCCACGGCGCUGGCGCUGGGCCUGCUGCCCUUGCUGGGCCUGGGCCGCUACACCGUGCAGUACCCGGGCUCCUGGUGCUUCCUCACGCUGGGCCCCGCGCCCGGCGACGUGGCCUUCGGGCUGCUGUUCGUGCUCCUGGGCAGCUUCUCCGUGGGGCUGUCCUUCCUGCUCAACACCAUCAGCGUGGCCACCCUGUGCCACGUCUACCACGGGCAGGAGGCCGCCCAGCAGCGCCCGCGGGACUGCGAGGUGGAGAUGAUGGCCCAGCUCCUGGGCAUCAUGGUGGUGGCCAGCGUCUGCUGGAUGCCGCUGCUGGUCUUCAUCGCCCAGACGGUGCUGCGGAGCCCACCAGCCAUGAGCCCCACCGGGCAGCUGUCCCGAGCCACGGAGAAGCAGCUGCUCAUUUACCUGCGUGUGGCCACCUGGAACCAGAUCCUGGACCCCUGGGUGUACAUCCUGUUCCGCCGGGCCGUGAUCCGCCGCCUCCACCCUGGCCUCAGCACCCGGUCCCGGUCGCUCUCCCUGCAGCCCCAGCUCGCCCGGAGGCCCACCAUGGCGUAGGGCCGGGGAGACAUCAGCGGCCAUUCAGCCUCGGGCCUCCCUGACAGUCCCAGCUGCCCACCCUGAAGUCCAGGAUGAGCAGAGUUUGAGUGGCAGGAUUGUGAGCUGUCUUCCGUCAGCCCUGGGGGCGCCCCAAUCUUCCCUGACCCCCCUUUCCAAGCCCGUUUUCUUCUCUCAGGCCCCUCCCAACUUCAGGCUGGGUGAGUGGGAGUGUCGGGAGGGCAUCUGGAGACAAUUAAACUUGUAAGCCUCCCCUUCCAGAAGUCCCCAGGAAAUUGGGGGUCUGACCACUGAAUAUGACCUAUUCUGUGGGGUACAGUUGAUCCCCUUUGACACCCCAACCUGAGAAGGCUCUGCCUAGAAAAGAUUCAAUAUAAAUGGGCAGGGCGCCCCCUCUCUUGCCAAAAUGUAUCUCAGCGGCUUUAUUUCCCUUUGGGUCUGGAGGCCAGUGGCCACUUGUUGAAGUUUGGUGCAUCAGAUUGUUAUCCGGCCCUGUGGCAACCGAGCAGAAGGCGGGGGCGGGCAGAGGGCGUGAGACUGGGUUUUGGCUCCUUGCCCACCUCCCCACUGAGUCCAAUCUUCUGGAAUCCUUCCUGUCGCCCCUCGAGAGGGUUCUGGUAUUAGACCCGUGGGAGACACGCAAGGCCACGGAGUGACACACGCUUCCUCCGUCCCAGAUGGAGCCGUUCCCUUAUAAGCUUAUCGUUUAGCCGGUCAUUCACUUCACACUCCGACUCCCAGUGUCUUGAACAAGCAGCGCUUGGCCCACAAUAAGUGCUCA